UUCCGCCUGCUCAAGAUACUUCCUGGCACGAGCAAAGAAAAACUUCAAUGCCACUUGCGCGUUUGCUCUAUGAGGGACAACCGUGGUGCCUACGAAGCCGUCUUGUACGUGUGGGGGACGGGUGCAACAGAACACAGCCAGCUAGAGACCGGACCGGCAUACCCAAUCAUCGAAUGCAAUGGUGAACAGGUGCCAGUGGAGGCAACUCUCUACACAACGCUGCAUCAACUUCGGCGCGCGAGUUCAAAACGGGCCGUGUGGGUCGAUUCGCUCUGCAUAGACCGGAGCAACGCUCGCGAGCUGAGCCAGCAACUGGCCGCGUUGUUUGACAUUUAUAGGAAUGCGUUUAGCGUCUUUAUGUGGCUCGGA